AUGCAUACCAUGAAGUCCGACAUGAACAAGUUGAUCCAGGAAUCAUCGCACCAUGCCGAAUUCAAGGCAAUAAUGGAAGAUUAUGCAGUCUGGGGUAAGUUCACAGAUGGUGAAACGAUUCCAUCUGCAUUGAAGACUAAGUUUCACCGCUUUGAUUUCCCAGGCAAGAGCAAUGAAGAUCUCCAGAAGGUGGUGGGGCUGCAGGGUGUCCCUGUUGGAGACUUCCCAACUAUGGGCACGAUGGUGGCAGUCUCAGGCCCACAAUCUGUCCAGGCUUUGCUUGGAUUAAUUGGAAAAAUCGUGAAAGACAAGGGGUUUGUCGAUCCUGACAUGGAUCCCUUUGGCCACUAUUUGUUCUGGAUCCUGAGGAUGGUUUUCGCUUUCUUCCACCAUCAGCCAAAUGCCCUUAGAAGACGACGCGAAGACGAUGAACAUAAUAUUGACGAUGAUCGGGUCCCGAUCAUCGAAUUCAAUUUCGAAGAAAUUGGAAAUAACAAUUUCAAACGAUUUAACGCACUCCAGAGAGUGUUUCGAGCUCGCUUCGACGAAAGCGAAUUCUCAGGAUCACCCUGGCAUCUCAUCUAUCAUGGCAUCCUUCUACCUCUCAAUCGGAAAAAUUCUGAGAGAGGUUACUGA